UUCCCGCCGCAGCGCGCUACGGUGUUUUACUAGUUAUUAUAUAUUUUGGUUCAAUACAAAUCUGAUUCACCUGCGAUAUCAAGACAACUAAACUGGGAUGACUGCUUUGUCAUAUCAUUGUCAAUGGCAGUCAAAACUUCCAUAAGCAACAUAUCAUUCUACCUACAAAUGUUCGAAAAUUCAGUCAAAUCAAGAUCACUACCGAAUGCCAAGACAAUCCAUCAGCAUUUCCUGAAGAACAAUACCAUAUACAGCUCAAUUAUACUAGACAAACUCACCCGUGUCUACAUAUCCUUUCACAAACUCGAACAUGCCCGCCAAAUGUUCGAUGAAAUGCCUAACCCAGAAAGAAAGAACAAUGUGUUGUUAUGGAAUCAGUUGAUCAGAGCUUAUGCUUGGGAAGGACCCUUUGAUCAUGCCAUUGAGUUGUAUGUUCAAAUGCUGCAGUCUGGGGUCACACCGAAUAAGUAUACUUACCCGUUUGCUUUGAAAGCGUGUUCCGCAGUUCGGGAUGUUGAGCUUGGUAAAAUGAUUCAUGAGCGUGUGAAAAGCGAGCUUCUUGAUGAUGAUGUUUAUGUUUGUACGGCAUUGGUUGAUUUUUACGCGAAAUGUGGUUUGUUAGGUGAUGCACGACAGGUGUUUGAUAAAAUGUCGAACAGAGAUGUUGUGGCGUGGAAUGCUAUGAUUGCAGGGAGUUCUCUUCACGGGUUGUAUAACGAAACAAUUGGGUUGGUUAAGGAAAUGCAGGAGGUGGGAUUGCGGCCUAAUUCGUCAACUGUCGUGGCGAUUCUUCCAGCUAUCGGGGAAGCAUGUGAGUUAAAGUUAGGAAAAGCCGUUCACGCGUUUUGUUUAAGGAGAAGAUAUGACGGUGAUGUGGUUGUCGGAACCGGGUUGUUAGACAUGUAUGCGAAAUGCGAACGCUUGGAUUACACAAGAAGAGUUUUCGAUCUAAUUAAUGUAAAAAACGAGGUAACAUGGAGUGCUAUGAUAGCGGCAUGUGUCGCUUGUGAUUCAACCAUGGAGGCACUUGAACUAUUUGACCAUGUAGUAAAAAACGGUUGUACAAACAUAUCUCCUAUUAUGCUUGCAACCGUUCUUCGUGCGUGUGCUAAUCUUACGGACAUUAACAAAGGAAGAUGGAUACACGGUUAUUCAAUCAAAUUAGGGUUCGUUUCUUAUUUAAUAGUUAGUAACACCCUUGUUUCACUCUACUCCAAGUGCGGGAUCAUAGACGAUGCAUUGACGUUUUUUAAUGAAAUGGAUGUAAAAGAUACUGUAUCUUUCAACACCAUCAUAUCCGGAUGCGUGCAAAAUGGUGAUGCAGGGGUCGCUUUAAAUAUGAUAAAAAAUAUGAGAUCAUUCGGUAUAAAUCCGGAUAUAGAAACCAUGAUCGGCUUCUUUCCGGCAUGUUCACAUUUAGCAGCUCUACAACACGGAGCCUGUGGUCAUAGCUACGCUAUAACUCAAGGAUUUACCGAAUCUACAAAAGUUUGUAAUGCGAUUAUCGACAUGUACUCGAAGUGUGGGAAAAUAGACAUCGCAUGGUUAGUGUUCGAUCAAAUGCAUAAACGGGAUUUGAUCUCAUGGAACGCUAUGAUUUUAGGUUACGGCAUACACGGAUUCGGGUCGGAAGCAGUUUCGUUGUUCGAACAUAUGCAAACCGCAGGUUUCAGUCCGGAUGAUGUCACGUUUAUCUGCCUGUUAUCCGCUUGCAGCCACUCGAAACUAGUCGCAGAAGGGAAACAUUGGUUUACCUCCAUGAUUAAUAAAUUUCAAAUCACACCGAGGAAAGAACACUACUUGUGUAUGGUGGAUCUUUUGGGUCGGGCCGGGCUUUUAAACGAGGCUUACCGGUUCAUUGUUAGGAUGCCGUUUAAGCCUGAUGUUCGUAUCUGGAGCGCGUUGCUUGGAGCUUGUAGAAUACAUAAAAACGUUGACUUAGGGGAAAAAAUUUCAAGAAAUAUCGAGAUUCUUGGACCCGAAAGUACUGGGAAUUUUGUUCUUUUAUCUAAUAUAUAUAGUACAGCGAAACGAUGGGACGAUGCAGCCCGGACCCGCGUGUUGCAAAGGGAAAAAGGGUUUAAGAAAAGCCCGGGGUGCAGUUGGGUUGAAAUAAACGGGGUUGUGCACGCGUUUGUGGGUGGAGAUCGGUCACAUCCACAAUGGUUGUUAAUAAACCGACGGCUAGAUGAACUAUUAGCGGCGAUGAAAACGUUGGGGUAUGAUGGAGACUACAGUUUUGUUCUUCAGGAUGUUGAAGAAGAGGAAAAAGGGCAUAUUUUGCUUUAUCACAGUGAGAAGUUAGCUGUUGCAUUGGCUGAUGUUAGUUUAGUCCCGGGUAAGGCGAUACUGGUGACGAAAAAUUUACGGGUGUGUGUGGAUUGCCAUACAGCGUUAAAGUAUAUGAGUACUAUAACGAAUAGAGCGAUAACCGUUAGGGAUACGGUCCGUUUUCACCAUUUUAAAGAUGGAACUUGUAACUGUGGAGAUUUCUGGUAGGGUUGGUGUUUAAAGUGGAAUUUGUUAC